AACGCGUGUGUUUCCACAGGGGCGUAUUUGAAGAGUGCACGCCGUGGUGUUCCAGAAUUAUCCGUAUAAAGAGUGGACAACUGUGGAGUUAGUAGUGAUAACGCUGCACAUCUCGCUGUUUUGACUUGCCUGGUACAUUAUAAUAGCUGCGUCUAGUUGGUUAUUUUGCCUGGACUUUUUUUAAAGGGCGAAUGGGGAGAAGCAGGAGCCGGUCGCCGCAAAGAAGAGAAAGACGUCGCUCUCGCUCGGGUUCGAGGGAGCGCGAGCGAAGGCGCAGAGAACGGGAACGCUCCAGGUCGCGCGACAGAGACAGACGCAGGAGCCGCUCGCGCUCGCCUCACAGGCGGCGCUCCAGGUCACCGCGGCGACACCGCUCUUCCUCCCUCUCCCCAUCUCGGCAGAAAGACAGGGACGACAAGGACGGAAAGGACAAGUCUGUGAAGGAACAUCAGAUCUCAGAGGAGGACCUCCAGGGCAAAACGGAGGAUGAGAUUGAGAUGAUGAAGCUAAUGGGCUUUAGCAAUUUUAAUUCCACCAAGGGGAGGAAAACUGAUGGUUCAGUCAAUGCGCAUGCCAUAAACGUAUCUCAGAAGAGAAAGUACAGGCAAUACAUGAACAGAAAGGGUGGCUUCAACAGACCUUUGGAUUUUAUUGCCUGAGUGCAUCAGAGAGAUGUUUAUCACCAGACCUCGGUAUGCCUGCAUUCAAGGACAUUUUCACCUGAAUUGGCGAUACUUUAUACCUAAAUGCAAAAUCUCCGUGGAUCACUGUUCCUUAUUGGUCUUUUUUUUAUUUCUUGUUUAUGUUGUUCAGUUUGGCUUUGAGAGUAAUGACCUCCCUAAGUUAACAUUUUAUAUUUUAUCCCAUCAUUAAGAUGUAUUUUUGAAAUGUUGCGGACACUGCUUAUUGUGUUAUGUUGCCGUCUUGUACCUGAUAUGCUUAGUGAAUACUGAAUAAACUGAUUGAAAUAA